CACACUCCUGACAGACAGAGACGACCAUUCGGUGAAAAUGGCGAAUCUGCGGGUGCAACAUAUAUAACACGGAGGGUGGAAUAAUAAAUCAAGCUAAAUCGGGCCACUUCUCAGUCAACAUCAGUAUGUUUGUACCUCUGCCUCUAAUCUCAGACGCAGUCGCGUCAGCAUCUUACGUCAUCGAGGUCAUGUGACAAUGCCUUCAGUACGAUAUUUGGGAGUUUACUUGGCUAACGGUUCAACCUUCAUUGCAUUGGUUUAUAUUCCAGACAGUCAUUUCAAAAACAAAGCAAACCCCACGUUUUUGUGUCGAUUAGCUGACUUUUUUCCACCGAACUCGUGGAACGUCGCUUUCAGGGGAAAUUAGCUAGUUAGCACUGUUAUCUUCUCGGUAAUAUGGGUUGCCUAACGUUAGCUAGCUAACUAAAUUAACAACAACAGGGUCCUGGGCUGUUUGACUAAUCUCAUGCCGUAGAUACAGCUUGUUUCUUCAAGCUUGAUUCGUCCUCUAUUCAUCACAGUUGCGAGAAUUACAAAUAUAGAAGAGAACACAUAAACUGGCCAACGCUAUAUUUAGAACACUGACAAGUAUGACUGAGUCCAGCGGAAUGAUUGAGGUCACGGUGAAGACUCUGGACUCACAGAGCAGGACUUACAAAGUCAGAGGCCAGUUGACAGUGAAGCAGUUCAAGGAGCACAUAGCGUCCUCAGUGGAGAUCCCGGUUGACAAGCAGAGACUUAUUUACCAGGGCAGAGUGCUACAGGAUGACAGAACGCUGACUGAAUACAAUGUAGAUGGUAAGGUCAUCCAUCUGGUGGAGCGUGCCCCACCUCAGCCCACUGUAUUCUCAUUUGGGGGUGCAGGUGUUUCUACUAAUGGGGCAGAGGGUGGAAGCAACAGUAGCAGCAACCAUGGCUCCUCCCAGGGUGCCCCACAUGACCGCAAUGGCAACAGCUAUGUGAUGUUGGGGACCUUCAACCUACCUGUCAACAUGAUGGACUCACAGCAGAUACAGAUGUCAGUUCAGCAGAUGGUGGCUGGAGUUGGUGAAACCAGGGUCAGCACUGGUUUGGGGAGCAAUGGCUCAAUGGAUCCGCAAAUCAACUUGGAUCGGUCAGUUCAGAGUGAACCCAGGGUGAGGCUGCAGCUUGCUGAGAACCUGCUUAGAGACGCUCACUCUCUAAUCCACAGUUUGGAGGGAGUGCCCAGUGACAGCUCCCAUUCAGAGGCAGGGAUACUUCAGUCUUCUUUGUCCCCAACACCGGUGUCCUCAUCUCUAAGAAGGGCUGAAGCACCACAAGCAGUACUUGCCAGCUCGCCCCCAGCAGCAUUAGCUUCCACCCAAACUGAGAGACCAGCUAUCACUGGGCCCAACCACCCUAGUCCCGCUGAGUUUGUGGAGGUUCUCUCUGAGGUCAGGAGGGUGGAGGAGCGAUUACGUCCCUUCAUAGAGAGAACCCACUCAAUCCUCGGAGCUGCCACCUCAGCAGACUACAACAACAAUACCCAGGAAAGAGAGGAAGAUCAGCGCAUUCUUAACCUGGUUGGAGAUGCUCUUCGUCUCUUAGGGAACACGCUGGUUGUCCUUGGUGACCUACGCUGUAACCUGGCAACCUCUCCUCCACGUCACCUGUAUGGGGUUCGCCCCUUGGCUCACUACAACCACUCACUUCUGCUUCAGGCUGGUCUGCCAAUAAAUUUGGGGACAACAGUGACCAUGACGUCUAAUGGUAGACAAGCAACUGAUGGACAGCAACAAACCUUUCAGGGCACUGACCAAUCAGAUCAGCAGGCUACAGACCAGACUCUGCCUCUUCAGGCAAAUGGGACCAAUCGAGGAGGACCUAGAGUGAUCCGGAUCACACAUCAGACGAUGGAGCCUGUAGUCAUGAUGCAGAUGAACAUUCAUGGUGAAUCAGCUGCAGGGUCUCAGAUACCAGGACAACCAAAUGCCGCAGCUACUCGACAACCUGGCACAGCACCUGCCCACUUCACAGAAUUACCUCCUGAGUUCAUGCAGGCAAUUGUGCACCAGUUUUCUCACCAACCCACUGCCAUGGCUGCUGCGCCCUCAUCAAGCCACCCAGUGCACAUGAUUUCUGGUUCUGACUCAACACCCAGUGCACAGACAGCUGCUUCACCGCUGCUCCCCAACACCCCUGUACAGGGUAGGGUAGUCCUCACCAGGCCAUCCUUGUCCACCCACAUCAACCAGCCUGUGGGAAAUACCAUCAACCUGAGGGCUACAGGUGGCCAGCAACCAGGACAGGGCAUGGCUCUGGGUCCCUCCUCUCUCACCCAGAUGAUCAGUGGUCUGGUUGGACAGCUUCUGAUGCUGGAGCAUCCAGGUGAUCCUUCAGCGAACUCUCAGUCCUCCCUGUCUACCUCUUCCAUGUUUGUUUCCAGCACUGCUUCUCCUCCCUUUCCCUCAGCUAACACAUCUGGACAGACAGCCACCCGCACCACAAGUACUACCUCAGUCGGUCAGCCAGGAGAGCCCAGCCCAGAGGGAAAUAUGGCUCAGCUCUUGGGAUCUCUACUGGGAGCAGCAGGGUUGGGUGGUCCUGGCUCUGGAUUGGCUCCAUCCAUCACUGUGACACUACCAGGGGUUCCUGGCUUCUUCCAGAGCGAGAGCGUGUCAGACUUGGCACCAUUGAGUUCAGAUAUAAUGACAGAAAACUAGAAUUAAACAUUUCUGAGUAGGAUGCACAGUUACUUUCUUAUAAAGUAAAAAUAGUAUAAAGAAACUGACUUUAACAUGUACACAUUGGUACAUUAUGGCAAUUGUGUAUAAAAUGAAUACAUUAUAACUCAACUGCUUUUAUUUUAUACAAGUAUUAUGUCUAUAUCGUCUUGAUGCAUUCUCAAUCAUCCAGGAAAGUAA